UCUCUCUUCUUUCUCCUCUCUCUCUCUCUCUUUCGUCUGCAACUUCCGUUGGAGAGGAAGAGAAAGAGGAUCGCAAAAAAUAAGUAAAUAAAAAUAAAGAAAAAAGAUUGAAAUUUUUUUCAAAAAGAAAAGGGAGAAGUUAGGAAAUGGGGAAACUAUUGUGCGAUUCGACCGCCGUCGCGGAGACAUUUCAAAGCCCUUCGCCGACGGUGCCGUGGAGGGACCCACCCAAGGCGUCGCCGCUUGACGAGGACACAAUCUCGGCCGUAGAUCUGGUUGAGCAGUCGACCGACGACGCCGCAUGGGACAGUGUGGUGGGCCUGGAGGAGCAGCAGAGACGGCACCUCCAGAGGCUGCAUACGAAGGGGGUGCUCUGGAAGCUCCCGGAGGAUCACGACUCGUCGAAAUCCGACUCUAUAAUGCCGCAGAAGUCGAUGGUCUUCAGACUCUCGCACGGCGGCGAGGUGUCGUCCGACGGAAAUUGCCUGUUCACGGCGUCGCAGAAGGCGAUGAGGGUGGCGCGUGAGCUGGAUGCGCGGGAGCUGAGGAGGCUGACGGUGCGGAGGUUCACGGAGGACUAUGGAUCUGCGGCCGCGGAGGAGAAGCGGGUGAUAGACGACGCCAUUCGACAUAUGUACGCGCCUGAUCUGAAGGCGGGGUGGGGGAUACAUGUGAUUCAGGAGGUCAAGUUGCUGGCCAAGAAAGACGAGCGCGUGAGUCUGGACUCCGCCAUUGACGAGCUUCUUCAGCUCGGCAUGCAGAGGGAGCUGGCAGCAGAGUCCAUUUACAAGGAGAGAUGUAUCCCGGUGAUUGAUGGACAAAGUUGGGCCAAAUACAUGUCGAUCUCUGGUUCACCGGAUGAUGAAUACGACAUCAUCACAUUGCAAUACACAGAGGAAGGUUUAUUAACCAUCGACGAAAACAGAGUAGGUCAUGCUGCAGCUUUCGGAGAUGACAUUGCAAUUGAGUGUCUUGCCACAGAGUUUAAGCGAGAGAUUUAUGUGGUUCAAGCACAUGGUUCGGAUGCGAUGGUUGAUGAAGAGAAUUGCGUUUUCUUCCUUCCCCACCGACCAAGGAGUCAAAUUUGUGAACUUCCCUUCUUUCUUUUCAUGAAAGGAACAGGUUGGUGUGGCGCCGGAGCUGAUCACUACGAACCCCUCAUUGCCCAUCCUUUGUCAUUAAUUUCCCAGGAGAAGGUCGCGGUGGUACUCUGAUGAGGGCCAGGGCCGUCCUGCAGUUUUGUGGCUUUAGAGAGAUUGGCUAGAAGUAGUUGUUCUAUUUAUUCGUUCCCUUAGUGUUUGGCAUGCAAUCUAACUCUCCCGAUUCUUCUCUGAAUCGUCACAAGGAGAAUUUGAUUGCUUAGCAUUCAAUUUUUUGUUAGCUAGAAUCAAUCGGUUAUCUUCGACUGCAAGUUGCAGGCUUUGUUCCUGCAUUUGAGCCACCCUCUAGUAGCAUUCGCAAUGGUUUUACCGGCUUUUGUUGUUGUCGUAGUUGAGUGUUUUCAUUUCCUUUCGGGUGGAUAUUUAGCUCGACGCUAUUUCGUCCAAGCUGAAGUAGUAGUCCCUUUCUGUUGUAUCUUAAGCUGGCUUUUAUCAUUUGAAUGAAAGAAUUGACUCCCA